GGUCCAUCUAUUAAAAGAAGGAAAAAAGAAAAUAUAAAAAGAUUUAUAACCUAUGAUCGAUCUUACUUAAUAUUAAAACAAAGACGACUCCAUUGCAUUUCAUAUCAAAUCAAAAAAUCUUUGUGUUGCCAUAUGAUAUCAAAUCCUUCUAAAGGCCACAAACACUAGGCUCCAGCUUCUUUCAGAAAAGAAGCUGGUCAAGAGAUUGCAGUAUUUAGUACUGACGUUGUGGCCUUGGCAUCUUGACAACGAGUCCAAGAAAAUGAGAUCAGGAAAGCAGCUCAAUUCAGGAAAAGCGAUUCUUGUACUCUGCAUUGCUAGUUUUAUUGCAGGGUCGCUUUUUACUAGUCGGACAUGGACUCAUCAUCCUUCUCAGGCUAAGGAUCAUCAGGUUUCUCUCAUUCCUCAUUAUGUUAAUAAGCUACAGGAAGUGAAACGAGAUUGUGAUCACAAGCGUAUAUUGGUUGAAGGAAAAUCUGGAGAUAUCAUGGGAGAAGUUAGGAGAACCCAUCAAGCUGUCAAGUCGCUUGAGAAUACAAUUUCAACACUAGAGAUGGAAUUAGCAGCGAGUCGAGCAAGUCAAACCAGGGACCAAGUUUCAAUAGAAAAACAGAAUAAUCACACUUUGCAGAAGGCAUUUGUUGUGAUUGGAAUUAAUACAGCAUUUAGCAGCAGGAAACGGCGAGACUCAGUGCGCCAAACUUGGAUGCCAAAAGGUGCUAAGUUGAAGGAAUUAGAGAAAGAGAAAGGGAUAGUGAUAAGGUUUGUAAUAGGACAUAGUGCAACACCAGGUGGUGUCCUUGAUAAAGCACUGGACUUAGAAGAGGCAGAGCACAAGGAUUUUCUUAGGUUAAAGCAUGUCGAAGGCUACCAUGAACUCUCUACCAAGACAAGGCUGUACUUUUCAACUGCAGUUUCAAUUUGGGAUGCAGAGUUCUACAUGAAAGUUGACGAUGAUAUUCAUCUCAAUUUAGGUACGCUUGUAAGCACUCUAGCAAGAUACAGAUCCAAGUCUAGAGUGUACAUCGGGUGCAUGAAGUCUGGACCAGUUCUCUCUAAAAAAGGGGUGAAAUAUCAUGAGCCAGAGUAUUGGAAAUUUGGGGAAGAAGGGAACAAGUACUUUAGGCAUGCAACUGGUCAGAUAUAUGGCAUUUCUAAGGACCUUGCCACCUAUAUCGCCAAUAAUUCUCCUAUAUUGCAUAGAUAUGCCAAUGAGGAUGUUUCUCUGGGGUCUUGGUUUAUUGGGUUGGAAGUUGAACAUGCAGAUGACCAUUCCAUGUGCUGUGGAACUCCUCCAGAUUGUGAAUUGAAGGCUCAAGCAGGCAAUAUUUGCGUAGCAUCAUUCGACUGGUCGUGCAGUGGAAUUUGCAAAUCUGUCGACAGGAUGAAACUGGUUCAUGAGUCUUGCGGAGAAGGAGAAGGUGCUGUUUGGAAUGUGGAGCUCUGAAAUUAAUUGAUCAAGAACUAUUAAUUAAAUAAUAUAAAAUUAGUAUGACAUGGCUCAAAUGAGCAGCAGAGAGAUAGAAAAGUUGAAGGCUAAGUACUUAGUUUUUGAUUUUGCAAUAUUCCAUGUGCUGUUUAUUGUAUGAGUGAAUUAUAAGUUUUCUUUUCCUUUUUAUUA